GUCUCGUGCCGGUCGUGGUAACGUUAAUGCUGCAGUAAAUCUCUUAAACACAGAUACUUCUGGUUUGCCUAACUCAAAGCUAACAGUUUGUAAUGAUACGCAUAACGUUUGUGUUAGAAGACUGAAUUAGCAUAACUUGGUGUGAAUGGUAAACGAACAGCCGUGUCCAUGUGGCAAUAUAUGAUUCAGUGUGUAGCGGCGGUGUGAUUCGUUUCAAUGUUAACUUACUUCAAGUAAACUGGGCAAUUACCAUUCUAAACGACUACACCCGGCUGUAUGAAUGCAUGAAACAUUACGAUGUGUAACCAUGCUAACUAACUACAAUCGUGUAUCGUGUCCUUCACAUGAACGCUCACCGGUGUACCAGAGUGGUUACCAAUUGGAGACAGGAGACGCCUAAUCAGAUUUAGCUAGCUAGUUAGCUUGCUACAUUCAAAUGUAACGCUUCAAGGACAGAUUCAACAUGGCUACAAAGCUGAAGGGCAAGUCAUCCAAAAGUUUAUUCGGCGAUGAAGAUUUACUUGACAGCUUAUUUGAUGAUAAAAAACUCCCAGUAAGGGGGAAAUCAACUCGCAGUGGGCCACUGAAUCGCACUUCUGCCACUGAUAACAUCUUCAGUAUGCUAGCAGAGGAGGUAAAGAGGGAUGGUGGGGAGACUGAGGACUCUGAUGUCUCAGCAGCAGAUCCCAAUGACAUACUGAAGAACAUGAAGGACAUGGAUGAUAUGGACGCUGACCUUUUUGCAUCAAAGAAAAAACCCAGUUCAGCUCCUGCACAAACAAAGUCGUUUGGUAAUGAAAGGCCAAAGAAAGACUCUUCAACGUUAGAGAGUAAAGUAAAACCACAGGGAGCAGAUGAACCCACCACAGGAGGGAGGAAGCCAAACUCUGCACCUUCAUCGACAGCACAUCACUACAAGAAGUUCACCUUCUCUGAUGUAGACGACCCCCUGGCUGAUCUACUUGAUGACUUGCUUCCAGAUGAACCCAAGCCCGAACCUAAAUCUAGCACGAAGCAGACCAAACCUGACACAUCUGCACCAUCUCCCUCAGCAUCUCCGAUCCUCAAGACUGAAACAUUUAAGGCAGCGCAAAAACGAAGUGAUCUUACGUUUGAUGAUGAGAAGGAUGACCUAAUGGAUGCACUUGGAUUUGACAGUGAUAAUAAAAACAAUCCCAAGAAAAAAGAGGCUGCGCUUUGGUCCAACAAGGAAAGGAGCGAGACCCCUCAGAGACCUCGUACCAAACUAGACGAGAUUCUGGAGAGUUUAACUUCUCCUCGUCUUCUGGAGCGACCUGCGACGGGCGAGAGGAAGGACCCGUCUCAAGAGAAGCAGCAACACGAAAAGACGUUCAGUGUGAAAGAACCGCUUCUAGAAGACGACCUCACAUUUGGAUCCUAUCAGCCCACUCUGGGAUCCACGGCUGAGGGGCGCCAUUCCCGCAGACAGUCAGUCAGCAGAUUUUCUACAGAGGAUGUCAGUCCCUCUACGCCGGAGAAGAAAGCAAAACCCACCACCCCCACACGACACCGCGGCUCAGCUGACUGGCUAGGCCUCAACACAAACGAAGACAACACCUUUGAACAGGGUGGUGUCAAAGAGACCAAGACUUCUACAGAGUCUCCAAAACCUUCCUCCUCUCCUUCAUUAGAGAGAAGACCCUCCCUGACUGGUAGUCAUGCCACGUCGGCUGCAAAAGUGGCAUCCGACACUCCUGUAACUGAUAAUACCACCAAACUAAACAAGCCAGAGGCAUCUAAAAGCCAGCCGAGAGAAGAGGAGGAGGAGGAUGAUUGGUUGGCAGGAGCACUGAACAGGAAGAAGGCUCUGUCGGUGACAAACUCUGAGGCAAAAAUGUCCAAGCAGGACGACUCUUCAGGUCUGGGAGAAGAAGUGGAUCUGGAGUCGACUGUUAGUAAACAAGUCUCUUCACGAGCUCCCAGGGGCAGAGAGGACACUCUCGCAUCUGUCAAGGAAACUAGCAGCACUCUUCUUGGACAGCCCAGCCCCUCCGCUCACUCCACUCCUAUCAGAGAGACGAGGGCCAAGCAAGGUACAGCUACCAUUCCCGCUUGCCCCUCAACUCCACCACAAUCCCCUUCUUUCGUUCCAGAGUAUACACCCCCCAUCCUGCUUCCCCUCCCCUCCACCUUAACAUCCUCCUCAGCAACUGAUGUUAAUGCUAAAGUAGACCUCAGACAUACUCUAAAUUUUUCUCAUCCCUCAGAUUCCCUUCCUCAAUUUACUGGCCCUUUGCCCGUCUCUGGUGCUAGCAUUAGCCACACCCAAUCCCAGCCUCUAUCCCAACCCCACCACCCACCCUCCCAUAAGGGAUCCGGGGUGCUGAGAGGACCCAGUCAGGCUCCGGAUGAAGUCCCGCAACAGCUGCAGCUGCUCAACCCCAUGUCUACUACACUGCCUGUCUCGAUGUGGUCUGUUCCACAGCAAAACCAAAUGCAAAAUACAUCAACUGCUGUCCAACAACAGGUGACACUUUCAGCAGACAUUCUGCAGCAGCUGCUUCUACAACAGCAGAUGGUGCAGUCUCAGCUGCUGGGCAUCGGGGGUGUAGUGGAUGCAGGCGGCCUGCAGAGAGUCAAAGAGAGAGGGCAGCAACCUGGAGAUUAUCAAGCUCUGCAGACUAUCAUCAUCCAACUGGAGGGACAGGUGAAGACUCUGCAGCUGGAGCGAGAGCAAAGCCAGAUGUUGCUAGGGAGUGUCCAGCAGCGGCAUAAACAGGAUAUGGAACUAAUGGAGAACACACACAGGGCUCGUGCGAAGCUGCUCAAGGAAUCCGCAGCCCAGAGGGAGACACAAGCGCGACAGGAGUGCGAAGACCUAAUGGAACGCCUGGCUACAGUAACACGAUCAGCUGAGCAGGAACGCUCAGAGCUGCAGGCUCAGCACCAGCGCAAACUGACCCAGGCCCAGCAAGACAGAGACCGCGAGGUGGAGAGACUCCGAGACCUCCAGAGGAAAUCUAUCUUGGAGAUGAAGAAAGACCACGAGGACCAGGUCAAGAGACUGAAGAAAUUAAAGGACGAGGAGAUCGACGCAGUUACAAGCGCAACAUCACAGACCAGGUCUCUAACGGUGGUGAUUGAGCAGAUGGAGCAGUUCUCCUCUCGGCUGGGGGAUCUCUCUUCUCGGGUGGAGAGCACACAUGAACACACGGCUCAGGGCCUGGAGCAGGGGGCACGGCACAGAGACGAGCAGCUUCAAAUGAUGCACGACCGUCUGGCCCAGCAGCAGAAAACCAUGGCGGAGGAGAGAGUGUACCUCAAGGAAAUCAUUUCCAGGAUGGACACUCAGCUCAAUGAGCAGCAGAGACAGCUUGAGAAGGAGCGGUGGAAAAUGACGGCAGAGCAGGCCAAGGCAGAGUCUACCCAAAGAGGGCUGGAGGGAGAGCGGCAUGCCCUCAGUUUGCAGAUCAACAUGGAAAGAGAGGAGCUGGAGAGAGCCAAGAGUGCACUACUGGAGGAGCAGAAGUCAGUGAUGCAGUGUUGUGCAGAGGAGAGGAGGAAGCUGGCAGCUGAGUGGGCCCACUUCCACGCUCUGGAGAAGCAGAGGCAUGACAGGGCUGAACGGGAGGUCAGCAGUCUCUUGGAGAAGAGAGAGGGCUCCAUCAUCAGUCUGGCACAGGAACAAGCUGACUUGAAGCUUCUCACUGCAGAGCAGAAACAAAGGGAGAUGGCUGUGACACAGGAGAGAGAGACUCUGGAAAGACUAAGAGAAGAACUGGACAGCGAGAAACAGAGAAUAAGCAGCACUGCCUUGAGACUCAAGACACGGGCCCAGGAGGUGGAGGCUUUUAGUAAGCUCGCUGCAGAGAAGUUUGAGGAAGGAGAACAAGCGUUGCAGGAGGCAAAACGUGUGGAGACUGACCACGAGGCACGGCUCAGAAAUAUCCAUACCCAGACAGAGCGACUGAGGCAGCAAGAACAACGAAUCCUUCAGGAGCGGGUGCAGUUAAGUCAUCUGCAGAAGGACACAGAGAGGCUGAGACGAGACGCUCCAAUGUCUUUAGCACAAAUGAUGCCACCCAUUUUACCAGCUGCAGGGUCAGUGUUUCCAAACCCAGAGGUGGCAACAACUCUGAAUUUUCCAACUUCGACUUUAUUGGCCAACUCUCAGUCCAUGGCUCUUCAGGCCAGUCUGGCUCUGUGGAAGUACACUGCAGCAAAGGACAGUGACUAUCUCCAAGAAGAGCAGGUCUUCUUAGAGAAUUUGAAGAAGAAAUCCUACAGAUCGCCUUUCAACACAGAUUGACCAACACAUG